AUGGCCGGGUUACACCGCGGACGCGGUCCCCCGCCCUCCGUCGACGCCGACGACGCCCAUCCCGAGGGCCUUCUUCAGGAUUCCCUCUUCCCCGAAUGGCGCUCCGGCGCUCCUCGUCCCGGCUUCGACUCGCCCGAUGAGAUGCAGCGAAAGGAUCCGCUGGCCACUCAGAUCUGGAAACUCUACUCUCGCACCAAGGCCCAAUUGCCCAACCAGGAGCGCAUGGAAAACCUCACCUGGCGCAUGAUGGCUAUGAGUCUGAAGCGCCAGGAGCAGCAACGCUUGCAGCAGUCCAAAUCCAGUCCCAAUCCCAGCGGAAUCGCUCAAUUGCGCAUUUCCGACCGAGAACCAGAUCGCGACCACCCUCCACAUCCCUCUACCGACUUCGACCCUAUGAACCUCGACGAUUUCAUCGUCCCCAUCGAAUCCCCCUCUGACCACCAUUCUCCUGUGACCACCAACCCCAACGCCAUCCCGAUCAAGGCCGCCGUUCGCCACGACCCCGUCCGUGAUGCCACUCCUGUGCCCGCCUCAUUUCCCCAUCCCGCCCAGGACCAGCGGAAGAACAACGAGUUUGGCUACGUCCCGCGUCGCGUGCGCAAGACCAGCAUCGACGAGCGUCAGUUCUUCGGUCUGCAGGUCCCUACGCGGAAACGACCGGCCGAGUCCUCCCCCCAAGUGCCGCCCGUCUCCAACACCAUGCUGGCCCAUCACGAUCCCGAUCUGGCGGGCGCUGUCCCCGAUUACACCCUCGACGCUUCGUCUUCUGCCUUUGGUCUGCAUCAUCAUCAGCAGCACCAGCAACAUCACCACCUCACUAGCAACCACACCUCUCCUGGCGUGCCCUUUAAUCUCGACACUUUCGGUCUGGGCGAGGACCCCAUCGCCCCCUCCGCCGGUCCCUACCAGUCCCAGUUUACCUUUUCGCCGAGCGAUUCUCCUAUGACCUCUGGCAAUCCCUUCGCCAGCCUCUACGCCCAGACCCCAAUAGCGUCCUCGCUCAACUCCACCGAUUUCUUCUCCCCACCUCCUUCUGGCUACCAGUCGACGGCCUCGACGCCACAACCCGCCUAUGACGGAGAGCAUAACAUGUACUUUGACAUGCCCACCGCCGACACCCGCCAGCGCCGCAUCCCCAACUACGUGGCCCACCGCUCCAACCUCUCCGCCUCGCUGCAGCCGCGCUACCUCUUCAACAACCAGGGCCCGAGCCAUGACGCCCCGCCGGGCUCUUCGUCCUCCGUGCAGUCCCCAGGCUACCCGAUUCCCCAGCCGCAGCACGUCGAUCCCACUCAGGUGCUGAACCCGACCGACUAUGCCACGGCAACCUCGCACACCGCCAUGUUCAGCUUUGGAGCCGACUCGGACAACGAAGACGACGAUCCCACCGGGGGCCACCCGUUCUCCGACCGCGCCGGCCUCGCCAUGCCCGCGGAUCUGGGUGACGAGUCCACUGGCAUGCAGUGGGACGCGCAUUUCCCCGGCUCCUUCCACUCGCUGCCGGGCUUCGGCCAGCACCGCAAGCACGUCACCAUCGGAUCCGCCGAUAUGAUGGACGCGCCGGGUGAAUGGGGCCACGGCGGCAGUCUGGGUCGUACCCACGGGUCGGCCGCGUCUGUCAGCGAGGUGCGCAACCGCGAGCAGGAUCCGCGCCGCCAGAAGAUCGCCCGCACGACCUCCACCCCCAACACCGCGCAGCUCCUGCGCCAGAGCAUGCACGCUGGCGGCUCCAACACCUCCCCCAACACGCCUCCUGAAUCGGGCCUCAGCAGCGCCGUCCCCUCGCGACCGGGCUCCCCGGGCGGUACCAAGAACGCCGACGGCAGCAGCUCCGGCCCGACCACCUGCACCAACUGCUUCACGCAGACAACCCCGCUGUGGCGGCGCAACCCGGAGGGCCAGCCGCUGUGCAAUGCCUGCGGGCUGUUCCUGAAGCUGCACGGCGUGGUGCGCCCGCUGUCGCUCAAGACGGAUGUCAUCAAGAAGCGCAACCGCAGCAGCGCCAACAGUCUGGCCGUGGGGACGUCGCGGUCGUCGAAGAAGUCCUCGCGCAAGAACUCGGUGCAGCAGUCGUCGGCGGCGGCGCCGUCGAACGUGACUAGUCGCGCGCAGAGCAGCGGUACCGCCCCGUCGUCCGAGUCGCCCCCGGCCAGCGGGGUUGGUUCGGGCCGGGCGUCGGGCGUGGUGCCCAUCGCGGCCGCACCGCCCAAAUCGGCGCCUUCUGCGGCGUCUCCCGGCGGGCCCGCCCGCGGAUCGUUGGUGGCACCGAAGCGGCAGCGCCGACUGGAAAAGGCGGCCGAGGGUGAGGACGACGCGAGCAAAUCGGGCGGCCGCUCCAAGGUGGUGCCCCUCGCGCCAGCGAUGCCCCCGGCCGCGGUGAACCCGGCCAACCACAGCAUUGCCGGCGGCCAGGGGGCGAGCCAGGAAUGGGAAUGGUUAACGAUGAGUCUGUGA